AUGUCGGAAACGGUGACAAAGGUGACGGCAAAGGAUCAGCCACGUGUAAGAUCGCCCGCACAGUCCGUUCGAUCUACCGCCAGCGUAACAACAAGGUUGCGUUUGGCCGAACUGGAGGCUGCAGAAAAGAUGGCAGCUAUCAAGAGAAAAGAGCUCGAAUUGGAGGCCGAGCUUGUAAAGAAGAAACUCGCUUUGGACGUGUCCGCCAUUCAAGACGACGCAGAAAGCGUGCAAGGCGAACAACCCGAAGUAGAUGUCAAUGAAUGGCUAAGGAAGAAUCCACUUAGCUCUCGAGGAGAGACCGGUGAGUCAAGGGAGGAGCCGAGAACGCUGCGCUUCGACCUACCACGAGCGAGAUCACCGACGCCUCCGAGAGCCCCGAGCGACAUGGAGAAAUUGGCAGUCGCACUCGAAAGAAUGGCGAGACCUCGGGUGAGACAAGUAGAUUUACCAACAUUUUCCGGCGCAGUGAACGAGUGGCUUCCUUUUAAAGCCGCCAUGCAAGACACUACGAAAUUGUACAACGUGUCUGCCGCUGAGAACAUUCAGCGACUAAGAAGCGCGCUGAAAGGAGAGGCGCGUGAUGUCGUGGCCGCACUUUUGCAUACGGCCACAGACCCGAGCACUAUUAUGAAGACAUUGGAACAGUGCUUCGGACGGCCAGAAGUGAUUAUUGAUCGUGCCUUGGACGAGUUAAGAAAGACGUCCAAGCCCGGCUCAACGGCGACGGAACUCAACAACUUCGCGAUCAAGAUUCAAAAUGUUAUAUGUGUGUUGCGGAGUAUGGAUCGCCGUGAGUACCUCUAUAAUCCACUUUUGACUCGUGAAGUGUUAGAAAAGUUGAGCCCGCACAUACGAUCACGAUGGUGUGAUUACGCCUAUGAAAAUGAAGGAACGGCUGACCCAGAGAUCGUCGUAUUGUCUCGCUUCCUUAUGCGAGAAGCGGACAGAGCGUUGAAAUAUACGUACGCUCCGUCUGCGGGAACGAGCAGCGCGGCGAAAAGAGAACUCAGACCGGCCAUCGCGAUCAAGAGAAAGGCGAGCAACGUAUACACACUUGAACAAGAAGAAAAACAAGAGUGUCUGGCAUGCAGCGAGGCGCAUGUGUUAACGCAGUGCCCUAAGUACAAAGCACUUAGCGUCGAACAGCGAUGGAACCUGAUCAAAGAAAAGAAGCUGUGUUUUAAGUGUGCGAACAGUACUCAUCGGCGCAUAACAUGCAAAGCCAAGCUGUGCGGUGUGGAACAGUGUCGUCGUCCGCAUCACUCAUCGCUGCAUCAAGCGGAAAAGAAACCGGAAAACACAGAGGUACGUGACAAGGAACAAGUAUUGUCAGUGACGCCGAAAACGAACGUCGGCGCACGCACCGUGCUUCUGAAGAUGUGCCCGGUCGUAGUCGCCGGUCCACGGGGGGAGGUGAGAACGCACGCUCUCCUCGACGAAGGUGCCACGGUGACAUUGAUGGAUGAAGAUCUCGCCGAGAAGAUAGGUGCAGACGGCCCUACACAAGCACUGCACCUAAGCGGCGUUAACAUGGCUCAAAAGGAAAAAGCCAGCAAGUUGGUGACGGUGCGAAUUAGAGGUGUGACAGAAGACGAGCCACACUCAAUACGAGCAAGAACAAUAAAGCACCUGAAACUGCACCAACAGACCAUUCCGGCAGUGCUUAUGAAGUUGAAGCAUUUAAGGGACCUGCCGGAAGAAUUGUGCUAUGAACGAGCGCGCCCAGAACUGCGAGUUGGCGGCCGCAACGAACCGGCUGCAUCAAGAACGCUACUCGGCUGGGUGGUACACGGUACGUUACCACGUAGCGUCAUAACAAAGAAAGAAAACGUGCUUCAUAUAUACGAGCGGGAGCACGACGGACUGCAUAACCUCGUGGAAGAUCACUUCAAAAUAGAAGCGCUCGGCGUCACACCAGAACCGAGAGUGAGUGACGCAGAUCGACGAGCCAUCGCCACAUUGAAGACGUCUAUAAGGAAGAUAGACUGCGGGUACGAAGUCGGCUUGCCGUGGCGACAAGACAACACCGCCAUGCCGCCGAGCUACAACGCGGCACUUCGACGCCUGCGACAAAUCGAGCACAAGAUGGACGCCUCGCCUGAAUUUGCCCGCGAAUAUACUGCACAGGUGAAUAACCUUAUAGAAAAAGGAUACGCAGUGAGGUGCGACGGGUCAGAAUCAUCGAGCCCCGUCUGUUGGUACCUCCCUCACUUCGCGGUGCAGAACCCGAACAAGCCUGGCAAGCAGAGGUUGGUGUUCGACGCAGCGGCGACAAGUCACGGGGUGAGUCUGAACGACCACUUACUGGAAGGCCCUGACAUGUUGAUGUCUCUGCCCGGAAUAAUGUUUCGGUUCCGGGAGAGCGCUGUAGCAGUCACAGCGGACAUACAAGAAAUGUUCCUGCGAAUCAAGAUCCGUGCCGAAGAUCAGUCAGCGCAGCAAUUUCUGUGGCGCGGUAACGACCGAACCAACCCGCCGCAGCGAUUUAAGAUGACCAGCAUGAUCUUCGGUGCAGCGAGUUCACCAUUCAUGGCGCACUUCGUAAGGAAUCACAACGCCAACGUGCAUGCGCAGCUGUAUCCCAGAGCAGCGGAGGCCAUCACCAAAUAUCACUAUAUGGACGACUUGGUGGCCAGCUACGAUACACCCGGAGAAGCGCACGAAGCCAUAGAGGAAAUGAAGACGGUGCACGCGGCGGCGGGAUUCACUCUGCGCGGUUGGAACUCGAACGACGAGAGUGUGCUUCGCGACGUGCCCCAGAGUUGCGCUCGAAUCAGCCCACGCAACUGGGGGGAGAACAUCAACACAGCAAGAUAUUGGGACUGCGGUGGGACCCGGAGCGAGACGAGCUGGGAUUCAACACAGCAAUGA